UUUACCGAAAGAACCAAAGAAGAUGAAUCCUUGCAGUCACGAAAGCUUUAAAUCGAUGCUUAGCCCUUUGAUUCAACUCUGUUGGGGGGCCUGAAACCAAAUGGGGCAUCCAAACGUCAACACGAAAUGUGCUGAAAACCUUCGACGCUAAAUCAUUCCAAGGAAAACUGUCGGCAAAAAAUUGGGAAAAAACCACGAAACCUCCCUCCGAGAAACUAUCACAAAAUACCAUUCCUGACCCUUGCCAGAUCGGAGCUCCUAAGUCAUAGACUCAAGGGGUAUAAAGAGCGAGACUUGGAGGAGAGAUGGUCAUCGUUUCUGAUUAGCGCAGCGUGAGUGCGCACGAUACGCCACUUCGUUGAGAUGUCAUCUGUGGCUAGGUCGCUUCUGGCUUAGUAAGCCUUACCCAGUUAGAUUUUUUAAAAUUGGUUUUAUUUGGAAAUAUUUUUAAAGGAGAUUUGUCUACAUUUUCUAUAAUUCGCACUCCUAUCGUGUUUUUGUAUUAUUUGUUGUAACGUUCUGACCUUCCCCUACUGGACAUCAGUGAUAUAAAAAUUGUGAUAUAAAUAUUGUGAACUCCUGACAUCACUCCUCGGGACAGGCACGAGGAGGCUGCUGAACCGGGGGGGCUCACGACACUCGGCGCGUGAAUGCUACUUUAUUUUUCGCUUGUUUGGGUGAAAUUUUUUUCCCGACUCCACUUCCCUAACCUCACCCCCUUCCUAAAGUGUAAUAACCACGUCCCCGAACGUUGCCCCGACGUGAGUUGGUAGUGGGGCCGUGAGCCCCACCGCCUGGCAUCGUGUCUGUCCUUCGCCGAAUGUCUGUACCGGACACCCACUUCCCCGUCGCUCGCGCUCUGAACCAGGCUCUUGUUUGAUAAUAAGACAAACAUUAGAAUGGAUAUCGGGUGGCGAGGAAUAUAUAUGCGUAUGUAUUCGUGUAAAUGAGGGGAUCUCAGCAACUCGACAACUUUUGAGAGCGUAGCCCGACUAUUUAUAUAGCGCGAUAUGCUAUGAAGGGGCCAUUGCCUAAAACGUCGUCAAAUAUAUAUUUCCCAUCAUAAUUAUGUUUUUCUUUGGGGGGGGGUAUUGGAAAUAAUACUGAUCGCUACAGCCUACGUGUUAACUCCAAAUAAUAAUUUUGCUUUCCUUUGAGGGGGCUCAACGAUGAGAUUGACGAAUGCGUUGAGGGUCAGGCGAGGCGGAAAGCGGCAUGCGCGCGCGGCUCGGCCAAUCAGAGCGCGCGCGGCUCGGGCAAUCAGAGCUCGCGCGUUCCCGCCGCCGUUACGGAGGCGCGUGGAACCAAUGAGCGCGCGCCCGCCCGCCCGCCAACCGCCACCAAUUUGGCGGGGAAACUCCGCCGAGUGGCGUGAGGCGAUCACAAAAGUCUGGAGACGUCGUCGAGUUGUUCGAGUCCAAGGCCGAGCUACGGGGCAAUUCACACGACGGCUCCGCCACGGGGGGAGGGCGCGGGUGGCCAUGGAGCACGCACAGACGCUGCCGGGCGAGACGGUGUUUGACGGUGUGACCCCGGCAAUGCUGGAGGAGAUGCUUAACUCCCUGGCCAUUGAGACGUGGCAACCCAGCCGGCCGCGGGAACCAUGUGAAGGGGCCUUCGGGCGGGAAAGAGUGGCCGAGAACAUCUUUCUCAUAUGUGAGAAGUUGCAGCUUCACACCUCCGUCAAGUACCUGGCGGUGGAGCUGUUUGACAGGUACAUGCUACAGCAGACCAAGGCACAGUGCGACGAGUGGCUGAAGGAGAAAGCGGCGGGAAGUUCUGACGAAAUUAACUGGGAGGCUCGGCUGCCAGACCUGAAGAGCGAGUUGCUGCUGCUGUUGCGCAUGGUGUCAUGUGUACAGAUUGCCAGCAAGCAGAUGGCUCACUACAAGAUGGUGACGCUAAAGCCUGCCCAAAUGCUGAUCCAGGCGCUGUCUGGGUCCAGCAUUGACUUGGAGCAAAUCCUUUCCUCUGAGAUGGCCGUGCUGAAAGCGCUCAAUUAUUACAUCAACCCUGCCUCGCCACUCACACACGUGGACAUGAUCAUCGCGGUCCUGGGGCACAACGACCCCACCUUGCCUGUGAAGUCUCUGCACAGCAUCAGCCUGAAGGUGCUGGAUGUCGUUUACCUCCUACGAACCGCCGUGUACAACGACCUGCUCUUAGGCACUUCUACCGGGGAUGCGUUGGACCCAAGUGAUGUGACAUACAGAGAAAACUUCUGGAGAGUGGAAGGAGACUUCAUGCUGCUGGCGGUCUCCGUGAUCUCGGCUGCUGCAUACUUUUGCUGCUACCCGAUCUGCCAGAAGGUGAUGGAGCAGGCGUGCAGAACAACCUGCAUUCCGGAGCAGGACGUGAGCAACUUUGCGAAGGUGCUGGUUCAGUGCGUGUGGAAGUUGGAGGACAGGGCGCAAAGUUAAUCCGCGCAUUUGCAGACCUGUAACGGGGGAU